UUCUACUACUUUAUAAACAUGACGCUCAGUACGAACAAUAUUUCAGUCGUAAAGAUGUACUUCAUUCUGACCAGACUAGCGAUCGCUGUUGUUCUUUGUAAAGCUAGUACUAGUGAAGAAAUUACUUUUAAAAAUGUAACAGUUGAGUGGGUAUCAGAUACCGGUAGUAACACAACAGUGGUUACUUCAAAUAGUCUUAAAAAUAACGUCCCUAGCGGUGAAGAAGUGUCGGUGAAUAUUAAUGGUGAAGUUCCUAUUUUGUACGAACGAUCGGUUAGUGACAUUGAAAAUUUAAAAUCAUUGGUACUUUCUGCAGUGGGUUUGGAAAAGAUAAAACCUGGUGCGUUUUUUAAUCUACCAGUGUUGGAAAUUCUGAUUCUGAGUAAGAAUAAACUAACUGAACUCAAAAGUGACACGUUUAGAGAUUUAAACGUGUCUACUAUAGAUUUGUCACAAAAUUCUAUCACCAGUCUACAACCUGGCGCUUUCAAGAAUAUCAAUAUUAGACAUUUGGCACUCAGUAAUAAUCAAAUCGUUGAAUUUCCGAGUGGUGUCUUUGAAAAUGUGACCCUUGGAAGCUUACACUUAUACAACACUCAUCUCAAAACCAUCGCACCCAAAGCUUUAGCAACAACUUCACUAUCGUCUUUAGUUCUGUCUGAGAACAAACUCGAAGAAAUCGACCCCGAAGCUUUCGACAUGCCCGAGUUAACGUCGCUGAGUUUGGACUUCAACUCAAUCAAGCAUCUACGAGCCGGGGACUUGAAGAACUUACCACAGUUAAACACGCUGGAUCUCGUCGCCAACAAACUAGAAGAAGUGCCGGAGGGAGUUUUCAACAACAGUAAAAUCACUCACUUGAAGCUAAAUUUCAACAAAAUUGCCACGAUUGCGAGUAAAGCGUUUGACGAUAUGUCAAAAAUUAGUGUGCUGCAUUUUGACCACAACAAUUUGACCCAGUGGGACAACAAUUGGUUGGGUGGGACUUCAAACCCUGAUUAUGUGAUGGCCGGUUUUAACCAGUUCAGCGAAAUUCCAGACGAAGCGUUCAAGAAUUAUCCGAAGUUGUACAGUAUUGAUCUGCAGGGGAAUAAAAUUAUGAAGAUUUCACCUAAAGCCUUUCAUAAGUUGGAACGUGUUGUUAAUUUUAGUUUGCGCGAUAAUGAAAUUGAUAGUUGGGGUCCGGAUUGGCUGGUUGGUGUUAGUAUCGGUACUAUUGAUCUUAGCGGGAAUAAGUUGAAGUGUAUUGACGGGGACUUGGACGAUAUUUUUAAGAACAAUGAUUUUGUGCAGUUGGAGGAUAAUCCUUGGGACACGGAGUGUGCAGAAAAAAUUAAGGAUUUUACGACGAGGAAGGAAAAGGCACCGAAGACGAGAUCGUACGUUCCGAAUUAAUUCCGUGGUGUAUUUCUCUUUAAUAAAAAAAUAUUGUUUUU